AUGUCCAUUGAGCUGUGUACAUAUGAGGUGGGCGUUGAAGAUCACAAGCUUGCAACAUUCCGUGGCGUUCUCGUAGCAGCCGCCAUGCGAUGCACAAACUUCCAGAGGUAUGAAACACGUCGUGGGGCCUUGGAUAUCGGAGUCGGUGGCAGUCGGGUCGUAGAACCUACUGAAUCGUCAGCCCUCCUGUCUCAUUGCCAAGAACGCCGCCAUAUCUCACCUGGUAGUCUCUCCGUUGUAUUCGAGUCAUUUAUCAAGCGUCGACGUUCUGAAACGGCCAGAUGCUCCAGUGUAUGGAUCAAAUCACGAGUCCUUGUGCGGGAACCUUUGGGUCUAAAAAUCGGAAGAGACGGCAAGCAAGACCCCCGAGCUUCUUCGCGUCGGGCUCGUGGCGGCGGAGUCCCCGAGUUGGAAGGCUCAAACUCACUUCUCUGCGUGGAGUGA